UUUGCUGACUGCCUUCAUCAGCACAAACAAGCCUGAACCAGACAACAGACUACAUCUCAGCAGAGCACAAGGCAAAGGAAACUUAAAUCAAAACCCAAUAUUCAGAAGAAUGGAUCCCAACCAGUCUUUUAAUCAGCCUCCAGGGGCCUGGAAUUCAUCUGAAAAAUCAGUGAUGUUGUAUCCUUCGGCACCACCACCAGCAUACCAGGCCAAUCCUGCUGGAUAUCCUCCCUCCUUUCCAAGCCAGCCAUUCCCCCAAGGCCCCCACGCCCAGGGGCCGUAUCCAGGACAGCCCGUGGUUGCUGUACAGCCUGCAGUUUUUGUGACAGCCGCUCCACUGGCUAGUCAAGUGCCAGAUUACUUGGGUUACUCUAUUUUUACCAUGCUGUGCUGCUGUUUUCCUCUGGGCAUUGCUGCACUUAUUUUCUCCUGCUCUGCUCGAAAUGCCAACUACUCAGGACAGCGAGAAUUAGCAGAGAGUAACUCCAAAACGGCGCUCAACCUGAAUCAUGCUGCCCUUGGUAUUGGCCUCAUUGUCAUUGUACUGUUGAUUAUUGUUAAUAUUGUGCUUUGAGUUGAUAAAAGCUAUUAGAGCUGUCAUGGUUGGAUGUAGAUUACAAACAGAUUUGAUUCUUUGCAUUGCAAAUGCUGUUUGCUCAAUGUAUCAUUAUAGCCUACUUACAACAUAAACUUUAAGGCUGAUUAUUGUAUGUUUAGACUUUUUUUUGCUUAUCUUGUGUGCAGCUGUGCUAAUUUGAGCUUUUUACAUACAUUUUUAUUAUGUACAUGUAUUGACAUAAAAUACAUUCACUGAUUAUAUCUUU